UCUUCCAGAUCCAAUCAUCCAACCAACAACCGCAAACAAGCAGGUCAUCGAGCUCGGAGCCUCGGAGACGACCGCCAGCGGAGCCGCCGUCUCUCUCGGGAAGGAGGGGAAGCCCGACCGGAGCCAUGUGCUACCAGGUGAAGUGCGGCACCUGCGGCAAGCCCACGUGGGCGGGUUGCGGCCGCCACGUCGCGUCCGUGCACGCGCAGAUCCCCGAGGGCCAGCACUGCGCCUGCCGGGACUGGCCCGGCGUCGCCCCGCCCGUCGAGAAGAAGGCCGCCGACGCCGACGCGGCCGGUGCCGGGAAGACCUCCGGCGCCGCCGCGGUGGAGGGGUCUGCCGGUUCCACGGAAGGCGGCGCUGCGCAGUGAGAUAGAUGCGCGUGGUUCCCCCGGAGGCCCGGACGAACGAUGAUGCUCGAUUCGGAACUGCAGCGCGUGUGGCCGUCGUGCUACCAACGAUGCCUAUUGUGUUGUGGUGUAAUUUCGUAUUGUACCCAAUGGGCUCCGGUGCGGAUUGACUGAAUAAAUUAAAUGUAAUAAAUACUCUUUAACAUUUACUAUGCGAAAGUGUUUCUUUAGCGGGAACAUAUCAGGUGCAAA